AUGGGCUGGUAUACACACGUUUACAUCUUUAUAAGAGAGCUCAAGAAGUCGAAACCCAUAUUAGGACAGAUCUUAUCCAUAUCAUUGAACUUAACGUUGGUAAUCCAGGUUUUCUUUAUACUGCUUAGUGUUUAUAUAUAUGGCGAGCACAUUGCGGGCCAUUUCAUUCGAAACUCUAUUCAGAGUACUUUCUACAUGAUGAUCUACUUAUCUCUUGUUUCCAUGACGGCGCUCUGCUUACUUGUAACUGUUUUGACACCUGUAGCAAGGGUGCCACAGACUUACAGAGUAUCGGACGUAAACGACAAACAACUGAAAUCGCUUACAGCCCAGAUUGAUGGGAAAUUUGUGAGAGAAAAGUCUUCCAAGGAAAAUAUUCAAAAGCAAGUAGCUCUGUUGGAUAUGUUGGCAAAUGAGAGGAAACUGAUAAUGGUUGAAGGAAGUCGUUGUGGUGGUUACAAGUAUUGCUACGAUUGCCAACAUCUAAAACCAGACCGAUCGAAACAUUGCCGAUCCUGCGGACAUUGCGUUCUUCGGUAUGAUCAUCACUGUCCAUAUAUCAACAAGUGCAUUAACCAUCAUAAUUACAAAAGUUUUUGUCUCUACAUAUUCUAUAGCUGUCUGUCUGUUGUCUGGUUUUUUCUCUCAUCCAGUGAGUGUGUUCUGCGUUUCAUCAUUUACUCGGAUUGGGAAAAUGAUAUGAAUUCUAUGAUUUGGAUCAUAUCAGCUCUGAUCCCUGUUUCCAUAAUUGGUUUCUCUGUUUAUGCUGAUCUCUUGUUCUACCAUUACUACCUCAUACAAAACAAUUCGACAACUGCUGAGGAAGCAAGCUCCUUCCAUAUGAGACUUGAUGUUUCAAUAUCAUAUGAUAUCGGUAAAGAGGAGAACUUUAGUCAAACGUUCGGGUGGGGCCUGUGGUUCUUCCCGCUCUGGACGAGCCUGGAAGAUGGCCUACACUAUGAGAUUAAAAAUUCACCGCUAGCAAAGUAUCAAGUUAAGCGAGUAGUCUGUGACAAGGAGAACACCAUUCAUUGA